AUGGGCUUUUUACUUCAUUGCAUUCUCCAUCUCUUAAUGCUUCCUCCCUGUGCACAAGAAUCAGGGUCUUUACAGAGAAUAAAGCAUAAGAAUUAUGAAACAGCUGUCCUGGGAAGAAACGUGACCCUCUUCUGCAACUUCACAAGUCUGGCAAAUGUUUUGCAAAUCACCUGGCAGAAAAUCCAAGGCUCUUUGCCUCACAAUAUUGGCACUUACAGCCAUACAUAUGGAGAAAAGAUUCUCCCACCAUAUGUAAACAGGCUGCAGUGCAAGACUCUGGAACCCAGCACCUCCUUCAUGACUAUCCAAGGAGUGACAUUUGAAGAUGAAGCCUGCUACAAGUGUCUGUUUAACAUUUUCCCACGAGGCAGCCAUGGAGAACAAACCUGCCUUACCAUUUUAACUGUAUCUGAACUCAUAACUGAACUCCAGUCUGUUCCUGGCUCUGAAGAUCUUUAUAGCCUUCAUGGUUCAGCUGUGGGAAAGCCUGCCCCUGGAAUCUCUGUUUACCCUUCCCAAGUCAUAGUCCACCUACAAGAGUACUUUGCUCAGAAUGCCAAUGCCACAGUGACUGUCACUAAAAUCUACAACAUCUCUUUGAAAACUGCGAGGUCCCUGGGUCUCCAGAACCUGGUUGUGUCCAUGACUCACCCCGUAAGAAAUGAAGAGAAGAUAGUCCAUCUGCCAGUCAAUGAAGGAGAAUCUGAAAGACACAGGUCAGAGAACUUGCCGAAACCAUCACCAACACAGAAUCUUAAUACAACGUCAACUCUGAUGUCCACAUCACCAUCAACAGAGGGUGAGAACCUAAUAACCCACACCACCAGACAGAUAUUGGAAGUAUAUAUGUUUUUAUGUCACUAGAUAUUUUUUAUGAUUUAUCAUUUCAAAUUAAAUCAUGCAUUGGCUAGUAGCAAUUAUCAUUUUAGAAAUAAGCUGAGAUAAAUACACGUUUUACUAUAUAAUCCUAUUCCAGGAAGCAGUACAUUCAAGUGAGGUUUUAUCAAU